CACAGUUUGCAGGUGCAGAUGCUCAUCGUGGUGGAUUAUUAAUUAUUUUUAAAAAUCAAAGUUCAUAGUUGGAUAUUAUUACUUUUUGACAACCAGGUGGAGAAUAGUUUCUCGUGUUAGGAGGUCUCUCCAGUUGCCAGGUCGAGUUCUCAACCUUGUUGGCCAGUAACGGUCGUCUUAACAGAUUUUUCAACUAGCACAAGUCCUCUUAAGUUUGCUGUUGGAUGUUGACUGUAAUGGAGGAAGCGGAGCCGCUGGAGCGACAGCAGCUGGAGCUGGAGCUCGAGAUGGAGCAACAGCAACAGCAACAGGAGCAGGAUUUGGAGCCACAGGAGUUGGAGGACCUGGAGCAACAGGAGCUGGAGUUGGAGGAACUGGAGCAACAGGAGCUGGAGCAACAGGAGCAGUAUUUGGAGCAGCUGGAGUUGGAGCAACAGGAUUUGGAGGAGCUUGAACAACAGGAGCAGGAGUUGGAGGAACUGGAGCAACAAGAGUUGGAGGAGCUGGAGCAACAGGAGCAGGAGUUGGAGGAGCUGGAGCAACAGGAGCAGGAUUUGGAGGAGCUGGAGCAACAGGAGUUGGAGUUGGAGGAACAAGAGCAGGAGUUGGAGGAGCUGGAGGAACAGGAGUUGGAGUUGGAGCAACAGGAGAUGGAGGAGCUGAACCAACAGGAGCAGAGGUUGGAGCAUGAGCAAAAGGAGCCGGAGCAGCAGAAGCCACAGGAACCGGUGGCCAUUUGCAAACAGUGCUCAGCAACAUAUAGCGUCGUGUGGUGGAGAUGGAUUAAUCCAGAUAACCCAUAUGAACCGUGGAAGGUUGGAACAGUAAUCUGUAAUGACUGCUGGGCCGCAAAUGAUGAGAAGAAGCGUCAAGCAAGGAAGAACCGCACCGCCCAAGUAGAAGUCGAAGUAAAAGAAAAGCCCAAAGUUGUGAUACGAAAGAGCGCCAGAAUCAGGAAUAUGGCAACGACGAGAUCGUCAAGUGCAGCCGCUCGUAAGCAAAUCAACUACAAGGCUCCAGACCCAGUUUUAGUACCAAUCGACAGCGAAUAUGUUCUUUGUAAUAAUACGCGUUUCAGGAGAGGCGACAUAGUGAGCCUUAAACUCCAAGGUCAGACAGUGUAUGCUCAGCUGAGAGGAUUCCUGAAGGAUCAGUAUUGCAACAAGAGCACAGUGAUCACGUGGCUGAUGCCGACUGCCCGGAGUCGACCCGCCAACGAAGGCUUCGAGCCGUCCACCUACCAGAUAGGAUUCGAGGAGGACUCUCCGCGUCCCCUCACUGACUUCCGGUUCGAGAUGCGUGCGCCCAACAAGUUCUACCUGCUUAUCGACCAUGCUCAUCCACCCUGCAUCGGUGAUCCUUUCCAAACCGGCUAUAUUCCUGAUUCAACACUCUAAUCAUUUUCAUAUAGUCAAAUUUUACCACAUUUUCAUAUCAAGUCAAAGUUUAGUGAUAUACAUUCAAUACGAUUCUCAGUAUGACAUUUAUAUUAAUUGAUCGAUAUGCAAGUGAUAAGGUGAAAUUAAUAAGGUUAUGACCACAUUAGAUGCACGUUUGCGCAAGGGCAAGCGUGACCACGCUUGCUGAUGAGAAACAAAAUUUGGAAAGAGCCAUUGAAACACUGUGGCUAAUCUGUCGCUGUUCACACUGAACGCAAAAGCAAGCGUGCACUUGCUGGAGUGAGCAGCGACAGAUUAGUCACAACGUGUUUCUAUGGCUCUUUCCAGAUUGUUUCUCAUUGCACGUGUGUACCUGCGCAACCAUGCAUCCAAUUUGAACGUUCCCUAAGAUUUUUCAAAUGAAACACAUUAUUGUUUUCUGAUGAUAAAAUUGUAAGGAGAAAUCAAUAAGAUUAUGAGUUGCAAAUUUAUAUAAGUGUCCAAGUCUCCAGAAUUCUGUGAUGACUGAUGAGCAAAUAGUAUUGUAAAAUAGUGAAAACGAUAAGAUUUUGAGUUGAAGAUUUAUAUAAAUGCUCAAGUCUGCAGAAUUUAGUGAUGCGUAAGCGAUCAUGUGAAAUCAGUUAUAUUUUUUUAGUAAGAUUUCAAUGCAUAGUCUGCAGAGUAAUGAGAGUUGAUGAAAACAAUAAGAUUUCUAGAAAUAAGUUGUAAUUCAUAAGUUUGAAAUUUUACUUACCCCCUACUGAUGAGAUGUUCAAUUCUUUAUCUUGAAAGCACAUGAAUGUAUUACUUUCAUUUCAUUUUCUAUCGUCCAAUGGUCGCCUAUGUAAGGGGUAUGUAGAUUUGUCAAUAGUGUCCAUUGAUUCAUUUUAUACAUGCAUUUUGUAAAAUUUUAACUUCUCAUAUGUUGAGUUCUAAACUUCUCAGCCGUGUACGCUCAUAUAUUCAGUAACUCUCUUUUUAACUGAUC